CCAGACGCGCGGGGUCUCCAAUCUGCCAUUUUCUGUCUCUGUGUAAGUCUCUGGCUUCCGAAAUUCCCUGUUUUCUCACAGGGUGUAUUCCGUCCGCUGGCCCACCACCUCAGGGGAACGAUGGACGCAGAGUCCACAGCCACUGCCGCCAUCGCUGCGGAGCUGGUUUCUGCCGACAAAAUUGAAGAAGAUGCUCCUGCUCCUUCAACCUCUGCAGAUAAAGUGGAGAGUCUGGAUGUGGAUAGUGAAGCUAAGAAGCUACUGGGCUUAGGACAGAAACAUCUAGUGAUGGGAGAUAUUCCAGCUGCAGUCAAUGCAUUCCAGGAAGCAGCUAGUCUUUUGGGUAAGAAGUAUGGAGAGACGGCUAAUGAGUGUGGAGAAGCAUUUUUUUUCUAUGGGAAAUCACUCCUAGAGUUGGCAAGAAUGGAGAAUGGUGUAUUGGGAAAUGCCCUGGAAGGUGUGCGUGUGGAAGAAGAAGAAGGAGAAAAAACAGAAGAAUCUCUGGUAGAAAAUAAUGAUAACAUAGAUGAGGAAGCAAGGGAAGAGUUGAGAGAACAGGUUUAUGACGCCAUGGGAGAAAAAGAAGCAGCAAAAAAACAAGAAGACAAGUCUCUGGUAAAGCCUGAAAUUGAUAAAGAACAGGAGCCUGAAGUGGAGACCGUCGGAAGAGAAGAUAUGGAUAUCAGUGAGCCUGCAGAGGAGCUACAGGAAAAAGAAUCAAUUGCAGAUCACUUAACUGAAACCACUGAAGAGGCAAAGGGAGCAGCAGCACCAGAAGGACCAGGUGAAGCUGAGGUCACUUCUGGGAAGCCAGAAAAGGAAGCUGAGGAAGGAAAAUUCAUGUCUGCAACUGUCAUCCAAGAAGAAUACAGAGAAAAAGGAGGUCAGGAAAAGACAAAGCAGGGAGAAGUAAUAGUGAGCAUAGAGGAGAAGCCAAAAGAAGCUUCAGAAGAACAGCCUGUUGUGACCCUAGAAAAGCAGGGCACUGCAGUGGAGGUAGAAACAGAGCCUGUAGAUUCAGCAGUCAAGCCAGUGGAUGUGGGUGGGGCUGAGCCAAAGGAGCAGGUAGCUGAUUCUGAAAAUGAUCCAGGAAAAGCUGUUCUUGAGAAGCUGGUAGGGGAAGAAGUGCCUCCUGCUGAAGAGCCACCAGAGGUGACAACAGAGGUUGUUGAAGAUGGAUCACAAGACUCCGAGAAGCCUGGGCAGGAGGCCACAGUUCUCCCUAAGGAUGGUGCAGUCAAUGGACUGUCAGCUGCAGGAGAUCAGACUCCUGUUGAACCAGAGACUAGUGCAGAAGGAUUGGCAGGAAGAAAAGGUGGCUCAGGACUAGAAGAAAAAGUCAGGGCAGAGUUGGUUCCUAACCAGGCGGAGACUAAGCUGUCUGUAGAAGAGUCUGGGGCAGCUGGAGAUGGGUUUGAGACCAAGGUAGCUCAGGGAGCUACUGAGAAAUCCCCUGAAGACAAAGUUAAGAUAGCUGCUAAUGAAGAAACACAAGAGAGAGAAGAACAGAUGAAAGAGGGUGAAGAAACCGAGGGCUCAGAAGAGGAGGAUAAAGAAAAUGACAAGGCUGAAGAAGCACCAAAUGAUUCAGUUCUUGAAAACAAGUCACUUCAAGAAAAUGAAGAGGAGGAGAUUGGGAACCUAGAGCUUGCCUGGGAUAUGCUGGAUUUAGCAAAGAUAAUUUUUAAAAGGCAAGAAACAAAGGAAGCUCAGCUUUAUGCUGCACAGGCACAUCUUAAACUUGGAGAAGUUAGUGUUGAAUCGGAGAAUUAUGUCCAAGCUGUGGAGGAGUUCCAGGCUUGCCUAAACCUGCAAGAGCAGUACCUGGAAGCCCAUGACCGUCUCCUUGCAGAGACCCACUACCAGCUGGGUUUGGCCUAUGGGUACAACUCUCAGUAUGAUGAGGCAGUGGCACAAUUCAGCAAAUCUAUUGAAGUCAUCGAGAAGAGAAUGGCCGUACUAAGUGAGCAGAUGAAGGAGGCUGAAGGAUCGCCUACUGAAUAUGAAAAAGAAAUUGAGGAGCUAAAGGAACUGUUACCUGAAAUUAGAGAGAAGAUAGAAGAUGCAAAGGAGUCCCAGCGCAGUGGGAAUGUAGCUGAAUUGGCUCUGAAAGCAACUCUGGUAGAGAGCUCUACUUCUGGCUUUACUCCUAGUGGAGGAGGCUCUUCACUUUCUAUGAUUGCCAAUAGAAAGCCAACAGAUGGUGCUUCUUCAUCAAAUUGUGUGACUGAUAUUUCCCACCUUGUCAGAAAGAAGAGGAAACCAGAGGAAGAGAGCCCUCGGAAAGAUGAUGCAAAGAAAGCCAAACAAGAGCCGGAGGUGAAUGGAGGCGGUGGGGAUGCAGUCUCCAGUGGAAAUGAAGUUUCAGAAAACAUGGAGGAGGAGGCUGAAAAUCAGGCUGAAAGCCGGGCAGCAGUGGAGGGCACAGUGGAGGCUGGAGCUACAGUUGAAAGCACUGCAUGCUAAGAGGGAACAGAGCCUUCCUCCCAAGGGAAAGUGUUUUUGUAUAUAAUGUAUUUUUUCACUGUUGGGGGAUUCUUUUUGUAUAACUUCAAUAAAGAUUGUACGCAAA